UGUAACGGCCGUUAGGCUAACUGAAGGGCCCAACCGUCGUCCGUAGCCGACGUGGUGGCAGCGGUUGGUGUCCCUGAGUGAGGGAUUUCGCUGCCCGCUUUCAAGCUCACAUCUGGAGGGAAAAACCCUUUUUAAAAAAAAAAGGGGAGGAGAAAAGAUGGCGGUGAAGUAGAGAGACGUGGAGUGCAUCCCUCUCCACAGAUGCAUUGGGAAUGCACGGAAGGACGCAGUAAUUCCCACAGAGAACCAGCUGAACACCAGCAGACGGCCUCGGACACCAGAAAGGGCUGCGGGGAGCCCGACAUAGCCGGUAGGGAGGCAUCUACGACGGCUCAAAGAGGGUGAAGCGGCGGAGCUGUGGCAGACGGGAGAGAGUGAGAAACAUACGGAGGGUCCGCAGCGCAGCUCAGCGUUCCCGGACCAAGACAUCGAUCCGCGGCUGAACGGAGGGUCCAGGAGCGGGAGCGUGGGAACCGGAGAGCUGGUUCAGGCUAGCUCAAUAACUGUGUUGAUGGCCAUGCAGGAGAGAUACCCAAGUGAGAAGAUCUCUCAUGCCACAUCACCAGGUUCCAGUGUGAUUCAGAAAGGCAAUUCCCUGGGGACUGAAUGGCAGACCCCAGUUAUCUCGGAGGCCUUUCGGAGCCGCUUCAGCCGCUGUUCAAGUGUAGCUGACAGUGGGGACACAGCUAUUGGCACAUCAUGCUCAGACAUUGCAGAAGAUUUUUGCAGCUCAAGUAGCAGCCCUUCUUUCCAGCCCAUCAAAAGCCACGUAACCAUUCCAACAGCCCAUGUGAUGCCUUCUACUUUGGGGACCUCUCCUGCCAAGCCAAGUUGUCCUGCCGGACCCUCUUCUUCCAAACUUCCUUUGUCAGGGUUAGCUGAAAGUGUGGGGAUGACAAGAAGUGGAGACCUCGGUGCAAUGAAACGUUCUCCAGGCCUAUCUAGAGAUUUCAUGUAUCUUUGUGGUGCUGCUGGAGAAAAUGGAGUUGAGCAGUCCUGGUUUCCAGCAGUGGGCCAUGAAAGAGAAGAAGAGGCAAGGAAGUUUGAUAUUCCCAAUAUGGAAUCUACCCUCAAUCAGUCGGCAAUGAUGGAGACACUUUAUUCAGAUCCCCACUACCGAGUCUACUUCCACAACCCAAGGGCUGACACAAAUAAGGAGUUAUACAAAGUGUUGCCUGAGACCAAGAAGGCACCAGGCAGUGGGGCUGUAUGUGAGCGGAAUGGACCACACCCUGGUGGCAGUGGGGUUCUUCCUUUGGGACUCCAGCCUGCUCCUGGGCUCUCCAAGCCUCUACCUUCUCAGGUGUGGCAGCCGAAUCCUGACCCUUGGCAUCCCCGUGAGCGAUCUUGUGAACUCGGCACUUGUCGGCAGCAACUGGAGUUGAUCCGUUUACAGAUGGAGCAGAUGCAGCUUCAGAAUGGAGCCAUCUGCCACCAUCCUGCUGCUUUUUCUCCUUCAUUACCCACAUUAGACCCAGCACAGUGGAUCAGCAUCUUGAACAGUAAUGAACACCUUCUGAAGGAAAAGGAGCUCCUUAUUGACAAGCAGAGGAAACAUAUCUCUCAGCUGGAGCAGAAAGUGCGAGAGAGCGAAUUGCAAGUCCACAGUGCUCUUUUGGGCCGCCCAGCCCCCUUUGGGGAUGUCUGCUUGCUGAGGCUGCAGGAAUUGCAGCGAGAGAACACUUUCUUACGUGCACAGUUUGCACAGAAGACAGAAGCCUUGAGCAAAGAAAAGAUCGAGCUUGAAAAGAAACUCUCUGCUUCAGAAGUUGAAGUCCAGCUCAUCAGAGAGUCACUCAAAGUGGCACUGCAGAAGCAUUCAGAGGAGGGGAAGAAACAGGAAGAAAGGGUCAAGGGUCGUGAUAAACAUAUCAAUAAUUUGAAAAAGAAAUGUCAGAAGGAAUCAGAGCAGAACCGGGAGAAGCAGCAGCGUAUUGAGACCUUGGAACGCUACCUGGCUGACCUGCCCACCCUGGAAGACCAUCAGAAGCAGAGCCAGCAGCUUAAGGAUUCUGAGUUGAAGAGCACAGAGCUGCAGGAGAGAGUGGCCGAGCUGGAGAGUUUGCUGGAGGAGACCCAGGCAGCCUGCAGAGAGAAGGAGGUUCAGCUGGAAAGCCUGAGACAGAGGGAAGCAGAAUUCUCCUCUAGACAUAGCCUGCAAGAUAAGCGGUGUGUGAAGGAGGCCAGUGGAGAAGAUCCAGCUCAACAGGGAGAUGGUCCCCAAAUGGAAACCGAGUCCUGGCAGAAGGAACGUGAUUCCCUUCGAAAGAUUGUGGAGAAGCAGCAGCAAAAGAUUGAUCAGUUGCGUUCACAAGUACAGAGCCUAGAACAGGAAGUGGCUCAGGAAGAAGGAACAAGCCAGGCCCUGAAAGAGGAGGCCCAAAGGAGGGAGACAGCCCUGCAGCAGCUGCGCACAGCUGUGAAAGAGCUUUCAGUACAGAACCAGGACCUCAUUGAGAAGAAUCUGAUGCUCCAAGAACACCUGCGCCAGGCCCAAUCAGGGUCUUCAUCUUCAUCAGACACGGCCCAGCUGGCAUUUGAGCUGCACCAGGAGUUGGCCAGUUGCUUUCAAGAUCUGCAGGCUGUCUGUAGCAUUGUGACCCAGAGGGCCCAGGGCCAUGACCCCAAUCUCUCCCUGCUCCUGGGCAUUCACUCUGCACAGCACCCAGGAACUCAGCUAGAUUUUCAGAAGCCAGAUGUGAUCAGGAGGAAACUAGAAGAGGUUCAACAGCUACGCCGUGACAUCGAGGACUUAAGGACCACCAUGUCAGACAGAUACGCCCAGGACAUGGGAGAAAACUGUGUCACACAGUGAGGAAUGCUGGGGGUGGGACAGGCUGUAUUCCCCCAGGAAGAAUCUGGUCUGCUGAGAGCCUGGUUUAGCAGGUCCUGCCCUGACAAUCUCUUGCCUCCUAUCUGCUGCUAUUCCCAGAGAGAAGGGGUGGAGGGGAGGUAUGAGCCUGCAUCUGGAGCCAAGGGCUGAUUAGAGAAGUUUGUUUGCCCUGCCCCACUAUGGCUUUGCCUUGUUGGAUUGUAUUUGUCCUGUCAUACUGAUUCACCUUUUGAGGGUGAGUUACUAAUUAACUUUCGCAGGUAGACUGGGAAGUCCUCACAGACUGUUCCCAGUUGCAAGCUGACGUCAAACAGGCUGCUUACCUCCCUUCUCCAUCCUUUGGGAUGGAUCCACAUUCAUUCCCCCUCCAUACCGUGGUCGUGCUGAUGCCCAAAGUUCCUUAGAGGAGCCAGGAAAGGCUGAGUACCAGUAACAAUGGCCAUUGGAGAAUUCUCAGGCCCCAUGUGCCACCUUCCUGGGACUUGAGCUGGCUCUGGGUUUUCAUAGGCCCAGUCCCACCGCUUCUUCCUCAGGGCUCUUAUUCUCACAGAUGCCUCAGGGUGAUCUAUUCGUUAGCAAAGUAUUCACUAGAAUUGGGGGCCUAGGGAUUAUAAUGAGGGCUCCUUCAUCUGUGCUACCAUGUCCAUUUACAGAGACCCCACUCUAGUUGCCCUGUGCCCUUGGGGCCCUGGUCAUGUGGUUAGCACAGCCCUUUCUCCUUUGUUCUCAGGCUGGCCAGGUAGCCCCCUUCUUGGGCUUUGAGUGCAAACUGUCUCCUCUAUGACUCUGGGUUUGGGCAGGAUUUUCCCCCAGGAUACCACAGGGCAACUGUCAAGCUGCUCACCCCCUUCCUCUGGGGCUGGGGCCAGUGCCCAGCCUUCUGAUUUGUGCCUCUCUUGUGUUUGGGGUUGGGGGUCCUUUCCCUUUCCUGCUCUGGGCUCCUUGAGAGUUCAGAGUACCCAGCACAGGUCAGCUUUAAGGUACAGCUUUCAGUGUUUUCCAUUGUUUGUUUCUCUGGGUCCUUUGGACCCACUGAUUUCUGGUUUCUCUUGCCUCCUCAUUGAGGGAGCAUCUUGUAGUUGUUUGUUUCUGGUUGUUGGGGCAGCCCCAGGCCUCCUCUAGACCUGGAGCCAGGCCAAGCCAGGCCAUGUGUGGGGAGGGGGGAGCACUGAGUAGUUCAGGAGUCCAGAGCCAGCCACUGGGAGAUUCUUGCUAAGCUUUGGGCUGGCAGGACAGCAUCCUGGACAUCACUGCUGGCCUGAAUGAGACUCCUUAAGUGUUUCUACAAGUUUGUGUUUUAUUUAUGGCGUGACUUAUCCCUUCCAUUCAGAGCAGCCCCACCCAUCCAUCCCUUCAGCCUCUGGGCUCCAGCCUCCUAAAAGCAGAGCUGCCUGGUUGGUCUCCACCCUGUACUGGGAUCCCAGCCACCAUGCUCACGGGUAUUUUUCCUCAUAAAGUUUAUAAGCAGUUAUUUAUAUGAAUCCUUGUUAUGUCAACUGGUUUGUAUUGCCUAUUUUGAUUACAAAAUAAAAUUUUA